CGCACGACUUUCUUGGCCAAUCGUUGCCCCUUUGGCCGCCAAGAUGGCAGAUGAGUCUUCACCAAGAGUAGGAGCACGAAGGAGCAGCACCACAACGUUCAUUGAGGUGCAGAUGCUCCAGGAUGCAGCUCGGGAAAAACAGAAAGCUCGACAUACCCAUAUGAUGAACCUGACAGAGCGAGAUCUUGGCAGCAGGCCAGCCUUUCAAUUCCUCACAGAGUGCCGAGAGCAAACAGUCAAUGAUGCUUUGAAUGGAGUUGCUGCAGAUGAGAAUAUGGGUGGGACCUUCGGAAUCACAGAUGUUCCAAAGGAUUUCGCACAAGCGACUGAACAUGAGGAAGAUGAUUCCCACAAGAUUGGAGAGCUUCCAAGCACCGCAAUUUGUGGCAAUGAUAUUACUGCAAGCUGCUUCUAUGUUGUUGGAGAGCUCUCAAAGAACGCUGGAGUGUACUCUCCCAUCUGCACUUUGUUAUCUUCAUUGACUCUCUAUUGCUUUCGCAGUGUCUAUGGGGAGGUCGUCACAGCGCUGCCCCUCAAUGGGGGAAUCUACAACUUGCUGCUCAACUCCUCCACCAAGCAGACCGCAUCAGUGGCUGCAUGUCUUACUAUUUUGUCGUACACUGCGACAGGGGUGGUUUCUUCAGUCAGUGCUGCAGACUAUUUGAAAUGCUCGCCAAUGUUCUCUGGAAUUGAGAGUGUUCCAACUGCAAUUUGCAUUUUGGGCUUCUUCGCAGCUUGUAUGCUGAUGGGCAUGCAGGAGAGCUCAGCUGUCGCCUCGAUGCUGUUCGUGUUUCACCUGUCAGUCUUCUUCAUCCUCGGAACAUUCUGUGUGAUCUUCUUGCAGGAUGCCGGACUGGGGCAAUUGUACGACAAUCUUGCAUGGGAAAGGCAGCCACCUUUCUGGAAUUCAAUCUUUUUUGGCUUUUCCUCUGCAAUGCUUGGGGUGUCUGGUUUUGAGACAUCAGCAAACUUUGUCGAAGAGCAAAAGCCAGGUGUUUUUCCGAAGACUCUACGGAACAUGUGGGUCGCUGUUUCCUUCAUCAACAUCAUACUUCCAAGCUUAGCUGUGGCUGUGCUUCCUUUGGACGACUUGACUGGCGAGAAAUCCGCAUACGCACUUGCCUUCCUGGCAGAAAGAGUUGCCGGCCCAUUUCUUAGAGACGUAGUUGCCGUUGAUGCUUUACUGGUCCUAGCUGGAUCAGUUUUGACCAGCUAUGUAGGAGUUGUUGGCCUUUUUCAGCGCAUGGCAGGGGACAGGUGCUUGCCGGAAUUCUUCAGCGAAACCAACACAUGGCGGAACACCCCGCAUUACACGAUCCUGGUCUUUUUUGGGGUUUGCUCAUCGAUGUGCAUCAUGCUGGAUGGAGACAUUACUUUGCUAGCUGCGAUCUACUCCAUUUCUUUCCUGCUGGUGAUGGGUUUGUUCGCCUUCUGUGGACUUUGGCUGAAAAUCAACCGGCCAACUUUGCCACGUGAGAUUAAGUCGCAUCCUGCCUUCUUUGUGUGCGGCUUGCUGCUGGUGAGUUGUGCCUUCACGGCAGUAGUACUCCUUCAUCCGGAGAUGCUGACAUACUUCUACAUCUACUACGGCAUCACCACAACAAUGGUGAUGCUGACCUUUGCCAGGGUGUCAAUUUUCAAGAGCUUUCUUCAAUUGAUGAGCCACUCAAAGGUGGCUCGAUUCAUCAUUCAAUGGUUUGUACACAAAAGAGUCGCUGAAGAGUGGGCUCAUCAAAAGCUCAAGAACUUGCAAGACCAGGGCGUUGUGUACUUUACUAAGCGUGCAAGCAUGAGCCAGAUUAAUCGAGCCCUCCAAUACAUCGAGCAAAAUGAAGAAGCACGAUGGGUUAAGGUUAUCCACUGCUACACGGAUCUUGAUCAGAUCCCACCAAACUUGGAAGAGUAUGUACGCAUUCUGGACUGUGUUUAUCCGACGCUCAAAGUGGACUCUAUCCUGGUGCGUGGAGAGUUCAGCCCUGCCAUGGUGCAGUAUAUAUCGAAGCGCAUCCAGGUCAAAGUGAAUUGCAUGUUCAUCAACUGUCCAAAGAUUGACUUCAAGCAUCCUUUGGACAGAAUGGGAGGUGUUCGUGUCAUUCUCAAUUCAGAGAAGCCAAAUCCGUUUAAGCGUCUUGCCGGAACUACCUCGCCCUUCUUUGGAUUGUCCCCGACAAGUCCAAUGAGAGGAAUCCAAUUUACAGCUGCUUUGCCGUGCCAUUUCUGCCGGACCGCCGGGAGUUUGACAGGAAACGACUACAUGGCCCUCGUGCAAGACAAACUUAGUGAGGAUGAAAAGGACAUGCAAAGCAGUCCUGAUUAUUCUUUCAAUCUCGAUCUUGAUCGUGGCAAUUAAUAUGUUGGGUGUUCGUUGCGAACCUUUACUCAAUUACUUCAAACGCAAAAA